UGCCCACCCUUCAGGGCGUUGUCGUGAAGAUACCGCUGGGAGGAAGAAUAUCUCACAAUACUGGAAGUGCGAACGCGCGCAGCUCCGGGGGCUGGGACGAGAGCGCGCCAUUGCGAGCCUGCUCUCGGAAGACGAGGAGGAGGAACAGGAGCUCGCGAGGACGGUAAGGGGCCGGGAAAGAGAGCCUCCAGUGUCCCGCGAGACAACCUCGGGAUGGGUUGCCGGUAUACAAACGGGUAUAAAGGAUGUCUCCGGCCAGGUAACCCAGGUAGGCGACAGGGUAACCCAGGUAGGUGACAGGGUAACCCAGGUAGGUGACAGGGUAACCCAAGUAGACAACAAGGUAACCCAAGUACGGGCACACAUGACUGCGCUGGAGACAAUAGUAGAGACGGUCCAGGCCGAGGUAGGAGGAUUAACUGGGAGAGUAGCGCUUCUAGAAGCAGAAUAUGAGCAGCAGCGCACUGGGGGAGGAGGGAGUGGGCAGAGAGCCCACUACGGAGCCGCCACCCCUCCCCGGGCGUGUUAUGUGUGCAAUCGGCGAGGGCAUCUCAGGAGGGACUGUCCUCAGGUCGCCCGAGCUAGACAAGAGCUAAGGUCAAACACUAAGGCCCCCCUAGAGAGGGGACCACCGGGGGGUGAAAUCGACGUAGCCCCGACACAAACAAGCUGUGAGAAUAAUGGCGAGCGAGUGAUCUCCACACAGGUUCCAGCAACAACGCCCACAGAAACGGUGACUCCUGGCGACUGGCUACGGGAGCUGGUGGCGGGGAUCACGGCGGCCACGUCGCUGGUGGAAGGGGAGGUAAACGGAGUGCGUACCCGAAUCCUGCUGGACACGGGGGCGGUGGCCUCGCUCGUGAGCGCAGCGCACUGCAGCACGAUCGGGGUCGACGUGCGUCACCUGCAGGCCCCGGACCGCGCGCUGCACACUGCGAGCGGAGCCGGAAUGGGGCUGCUGGGGAGAGCCACCCUAGAGGUCCGCAUAGGCAGCCAGGUGUGCACGCAGGAGUUCUACGUGUCGAGUGCGUUGUGUCACGAGUGUAUCGCAGGCACCGACCUCCUAGAAUGGUUGGGACUCAACGUGCAACCCCGCCAGCGAUGCGCCACCAUGGAGAGCAACGGCGAGCGGAUACCGUUCCUGGGACGAGAACCAACGCGCCGCCGCUUUGCACCUGUGGCCGCUAUCCUGGCGACGGCAGUCACCAUCGGCCCGCUCACCGAGAUGCUGGUGCCGGUGGCAACAUCCCCCACCGACCCCGCGCUCCGACCAUCAGGGGAGGUAAUGCUAACUCCUCACCCGGAGUUGGCAAAACGGUAUGGGGUUGUGGGAUCCGCCACGUUGGUAAACGCAGAUGGGGACCGAUUGUUUAUGCGGAUGUUUAACCCCCACAAUACCCCAGCGAUACUGCGACGGUGCACCCCGAUAGCCACAGUACACCCCCUGCACGCACGCCACUCUAACGACUCGGUGUUCGCACUCUGGGCUGAGGACCCCGGUCGUCCUGAGGGUGAGCAGGACCUGGCCUGGCGAGUCGGCCCGACUCCCCGAGCCGAGGUCGUUCCCCUGCUCGACGCGUUACAUGUACCAUGGGCGGACUUACCUAAGGGAGAGGCCGAUCGGCUGCGCGAGUUACUGCGGGAGUAUGCCGACGUGUUCAGCGAACACGACUCGGACGUGGGUCGGACCGACCUUGUUAAGCACCAAAUUGACACCGGUGCAGCCCGACCCAUCAAACUCCCUGCGUACCGAGUAGGCGCACCCGAACGCACCCAGAUCAAAGAGGCGGUUGGGGACAUGCUUCGCGAUAACAUAAUUCAGCCCUCGGCGAGCCCCUGGUCAGCCCCAGUGGUACUAGUAACGAAAAAGGAUGGGUCAACCCGGUUCUGCGUCGAUUACCGUAAACUAAAUGCAGUCACGCUCGGCGAUGCCUUCCCCAUACCCCGCAUCGACGACACCUUCGACAGCCUCGCCGGAGCGCGAUAUUUUUCCACCCUCUAUCUCGCGUCCGGGUACUGGCAGGUGGAGAUGGCGGAGGAGGAUCGGCCAAAAACCGCAUUCACCACCCCGAUGGGGCUAUUCGAGUUUCGAGUACUCCCGUUCGGACUCACCAAUGCGCCUGCGACGUUCCAGCGGCUGAUGGAGUUGGUGAUGCGGGGCUUGCAAUGGGAACAGUGCCUGAUUUACUUGGACGAUGUGAUAGUGUUCAGUAGAUCUUUGUCUGAGCAUUUGUCCAGGCUUCGAGAGGUGUUCCAGCGACUGCGAGCGGCUCAUCUCAAGCUCAAGCCACGUAAGUGUUACAUCGCACAACGCGAGGUGGGGUACCUCGGGCAUCGCGUCAGCGAGGCAGGCGUGCACACCGAUCCGGAGAAGGUACGCGCCGUAGUGGAGUGGCCACGACCAAGGAAUCUGACGGAGAUCAGAUCAUUUUUGGGGCUCGCCACCUAUUAUCGUCGAUUUGUAAAGGGAUUCAGCGAGAUUGCACGCCCUCUCACCCAACUCACCUCCCCUAAGCACCCCUAUCAGUGGACGGGGGCCUGCCAGACGGCCUUCACCACUCUCAAAGACCACCUCACCCACGCCCCCACCCUCGCUUUCCCCGAUUUUACCACCGAUUUUAUUUUGGACACCGACGCCUGCACCAGCGGGCUGGGCGUGGUGUUGUCACAGGUACAGGAUGGGACGGAACGAGUCAUCGCGUACGCCAGCCGGACCUUGCUGAGCUGAACUAUUGCGUGACCCGCCAAGAGUUGUACGCCGUGAUUUUCGCAUGCAAACAGUUCCGGCCGUAUUUGUACGGCAGGAGAUGUCGCGUACGCACUGACCAUUAUGCUCUGCAGUUUCUUCUUACAUUCAAGGUGCCGCGGGGGCAGAUAGCCCGGUGGUUGGCGCAGUUGCAGGAGUACAACCUGCAAAUCGAGUAUCGGGCUGGCCGGACGCAUGCAAACGCGGACGCCUUGUCGAGGCGACCCACGGUGUACGCCGAGACGAGGGCGGAGGAGGCCUGCCCGUGUUUCAUGGGGGGACGCUGCCGGCAGGCAACGGACCCCCGAGAGGCCGCGGCCACUGACCCCCCCCCCCCCCCAGCGAGAGAGAGUGCAGUGUGCGCCACAGAGACCCUCACAGGUGGCACUGAGGAUCCCGUCGACCGCCCGGCAAGCGCGGGACCCGCGGCUCGGGACCCGAUCGGACGGAUCCAGGAGGACAUCGGCUGCGCCUUCCCGGGCCUAAACGACGAGCAGCUGAGACAGACCCAGCAGCGAGAUCCGGAUCUGGCGGCAGUGGAGGCGGCACUGCGGGAGGAAAAGAGCGCCCUACCAGGACCCUGGAGCGGUUUGUAUGCCCGGUUGUGUGUGCAGAACGGAGUGGUACGGGAGUUAACCGAGGCCGGCCAGCCGGGGUGCAUCUGUGUUCCUGCCCAGGUGCGACCCCAGCUGCUACGGCUGGUGCAUGACCACCCACUCGGGGGCCACGAUGGGGAACGACGUACUCGAGAGACCCUGCGUCGCCAGUAUCUCUGGCCUAAAUUGGCACAAGACGUGGCGGCCUGGGUACAGGGCUGCCGCGCCUGUCAGCAGUGCGGGCCGAAACCGGCACGAUACCAGGUACCCCUAAGGCCGUUCCGCGUCAGCCGCAUGAAUCAGCUGGUAGGGAUCGACCUACAGGGGCCAUUCCCGCGAUCCCAUCGAGGCAACCGAUAUAUCCUAGUCGCAGUAGAGUAUUUCACCCGCUACCCCGUGGCAGUGGCCAUCCCUAAUAAAACGGCCUUGGUGGUGGCCCGGGCAUUUGUGGAACACUACGUACUUAAGCACGGGAUCCCAGAACGAGUCCUCACCGACCAGGGUAGCGAGUUCGAGGCCGAGUUGUUCCAGGCACUGUGCCGAGAGUUCGGAAUCCAGAUGGACCGAACCACAGCGUACCACCCCCAGGCGAACGGUAUGGUGGAGCGCAUGAAUCAGACCUUAGCGGGGAAACUCAAACGUAUGGCGGCCGCAAAUCAACGGGAUUGGGAUGAACACCUCCCCUACGCCCUUUUCGCCUAUGCCACCACCGUACACACGUCGACGGGACAAACCCCGUUUUUAAUGAUGUUCGGCCGCGAGUCUUGUUUACCCGCAGAUCUGCUAUUCGGCGUCCCUCCCCCCCAGCCGGAGGAGGGAAGCCGCCCCGUGAAACACCUGUUGGAGACCCUGCGAGAAGCCCGAGGCCGAGCAUACCCGCAAGGGGAAGCCGCGCAUCGGCGGCAGGAACAGGGCACCCGACCCCGCAUGGAACCCCCCUUAUUCCUGACAGGCGCUAAGGUGUGGCUACACACCCCUCGCGUCGGGGCCGGGCAGGUGGGGAAACUGACGACCUACUGGCGGGGACCCUGGACCGUGGUGCGGCAGAUCUCCCCCUGGACGGUACUAAUUUAUGGCGGGGAGGGGGGUCGAGAGACGGUGGUCAAUGUCCGCUGCUUAAAACCAUGGAAAGUGGCCCCGGCGAGAGAGAACCCCGUCACCCGAAGGCCCCGAAAUCCCGGAGUACCCGCACCCCUCGUGUUGGGGGGCCUCGCACACUACAUGGGCCCCGCCGGGCCCCCGAGACGCCCCGAUCCAGUCCGGAGACGGCGCGGACGACGGCCGCUAAACCCUUCCGCUGCUGAGUUUGUGCCCCAGCCCACAGGUGCCGGAGGACGGGGAGAGCCGCUGGAGUAGAGGAGGAGACCGCCGCAGGAGCUACAGAGGACGGAGCCACCCGCCCCGAGGCCAGCCACCAGGUCCGGACGGAUCCCCCGGACCCCGCAACGUUUCCUCGUGGGCGCGGCCCAAGCGAGGUGCUCCAGUCAACCCGGGACGGGGACUGGCACCUCGGGGGGCUAUGUGAUGCCGCCGCCGCGAAGCCGUUCGGCAGGCGCCAAAUCCCCGACCUCGCCACCACCAAGCAACGGAGCCGACCCCGCGUCCCCCUCACCUCACCUCACAUGAACACACCCGCACUCAUUUCCCCCCCCCCCCCAUAGAGCUCUGAGGGGAGGUCGCCUGGCCGACCGGUUUUUAUCCGAGAAACCCUUAUCGGGAUUAACUCUCACGGUUUCCGGCGAUCAGGGAAUUGGAUGACCUCCCCCGUGCUACGUUGCACCGCGGCGCUGCGACCGGCCUUAAUAUGGUGUGGCCGCGGCGUGGGGCAUUCGGCCACCGCGGUUGAGGCGCAUUUCCCCUCACACACACCCCCACGGGUCAUCGAGGCAAGCAGGGGAAGGACGGGACAGCAUGAGUAGCAAGACCGCAGGGGCUCUUGCGCAUAGUCACGGAAGGUUGGGAUGGUUGCACUUGAGCGCGCAGGCACAAUUGUUGGGGAGGGUAAACGAUUAAGCUGAAGGUAUGAAUAGAUCGGGAGAGGGGAGGCGCGCAGGGAGCCAUGCACAGCUUCCCACGACGGGCCUUUGUGAUGGACACCGCCGCAUGAACCUCGAUGAUGGGGGCCUGCGUGAGAAAAGGAUUGAUUGUAAUUUGCGCCGUGCAGGUCGCUCAUUGAUUAGCGGAACAAAGGCACCGCGGAGCUGCCUGGCCCGGGCGAGGGGGGCGCGUGCCAUUGUUUGGAGUUCACGCCGCUCACUGAUUAGCAUAUCAAAAGCGCCCGGAACCGCCGUGCGCGCACUCGAGGUGCGCGAGCCCAUUGUUCAGCGCAGCAUCUCCUUUGAGGUAGGGAGGAUAAAUAGAGGGGCGCAGAGGGGAAAUCGCUCUCUUACUCCAGCGCCAGGCGACCAGACGCAGCUCGAGCCAGCGACCCGUAGGUGAGUAAGUUGUUGAGUGAGUGGAUUAAAGAUUGAGUGGGUAGCAGAGUGAGUGGGUUUGUGAGUGGGUUGGUGGGUGGUUUUGAAUGGGUGAGUGGGUGGAGUGCCGUGGUGGCGAGCUGUUAACGACCUCGCCUUUUAUACAGGAGGUUGUGAGGUCGAUCCUGACCCUGACACCUGUAUAUUUGCAUGUUCUCCCCAUGGUCACGUGAAAUUUUCUCCAGGUGCUCCGGGUUCUCUCUCCACAUUUUAAAACAUGCAAUUAUAGAAUUUGGCUGCUGUAACUUUAUACGUGAAAAGCCGCUUCAUUGAGCUGUUAUUUGUGGUCAGGUGGUUUCUGAAAAAUAUCUAUAUAGCUGAGGGCCUUACCUGGUAAAAUAAAAAAAAGCGUAAUUUUCA